AUGUCAAUAUUGAAUAAUAGCCUUUAUCGUCCGAUCUUAGAGGCUAUACGGUCUUCGAGAAAUGGUAUAGUUUAUGGUGGUAAGUUGCGAUUCUCGCAUGCAUUAGUGAUUAAUCUCUUAUACCAAUCAGGGCCUCUUAAACCAAGAUUGAAACAAGUUAUAAAAGCAACAAAGAGUCAUGCUGAAGUUUUAGCAGGAUUUGCCGUUAUUUACAAGAUUGCUUGCAAAAUAUUGGCCAAUGACGCUGCAUUGGGUAGUAAAAAUUCAGGACUCGUAAAAUUUCUAGCUGGAGGCUUAAGUGGAUGGGUUGUCUAUUCCCAGAACUUCAAUUACUUUCAUCCUGGAAUUACACACCAAAUAACCUUAUACUGCUUUUCCAGAGUUAUGAUAGCUCUGUGCAAGAUUAUUUUAGACACUUUUCUCAAUUGUUACCAACCCAAAUUGUAUCAACUUAAUGGCGAAUCUAUCAUAUACAAAGACCUAUCAGUAUCACAACAGAAGAAACUUAAACUGACUAUAUAUAACAAAUCUUGGAAAUAUCUUGCUGUCUUUACAUGGGCAUUAGUGAUGUUUAUAUAUGAUUACCAACCUCAGUACUUGCAAAGCUCUUUGAGACAUAGCAUGGCCUACAUAUAUGAUGUUGAAACGGAGUCAUGGGGCAGUUGGAGAGAGUUUUUUGGUAUUUAA